AUGGCCAAAGAUGAUUCCACUGUCCGUUGCUUCCAGGGCCUGCUGAUUUUUGGACACGUGAUUGUUGGUAUGUGUGGCAUCGCCCUGACUGCAGAGUGCAUCUUCUUUGUAUCCGACCAACACAGUCUCUACCCGCUGCUUGAAGCCACCAACAACGAUGAUAUCUAUGGAGCAGCUUGGAUAGGCAUGUUCGUGGGUAUCUGCCUCUUCUGCCUGUCUGUUCUGGCCAUAGUGGGAAUUUUGAAGUCCAACAGGAAAAUCCUCUUGGCGUACUUCAUUAUGAUGUUUAUAGUGUAUGGUUUUGAAGUGGCAUCUUGUAUCACAGCAGCGACACAACGAGACUUUUUCACAGCCAACCUCUUCCUGAAGCAGAUGCUGGUGAGGUAUCAAAACAACAGUCCCCCAACCAAUGAUGACGAAUGGAAAAACAAUGGUGUUACCAAGACCUGGGAUAGGCUCAUGCUCCAGGAACACUGCUGUGGUGUAAAUGGCCCAUCAGACUGGCAGAAAUACACCUCUGCCUUCCGGGUGGAGAAUAACGAUGCCGACUAUCCCUGGCCUCGGCAGUGCUGUGUCAUGAACAAGCUUAAAGAGCCUCUCAACCUGGAUGCUUGCAAACUCGGAGUGCCCGGUUAUUACCACAAUCAGGGCUGCUAUGAACUGAUCUCGGCGCCAAUGGAUCGGCAUGCCUGGGGAGUUGCCUGGUUUGGAUUUGCCAUCCUCUGCUGGACUUUUUGGGUUCUCUUGGGUACCAUGUUCUACUGGAGCAGAAUUGAAUAUUAA